AAGAGUCAUCUGUGCAGAAAUAGGCCUGGGCCGGCAUCACUUCCUCUUUCUGCUUCUCCAUUUCCUAACGACGUCAACAUAAAUAGGAAGCCUGAGAGGCUCUCUGCCGCCUGGAGACUCCAGCAGAAGGUUGAUCCGUCCCACCAUAAAGAGGCCUACAGGAGGCAGCGUCCUGGAACAAUGAUUCAGAAGAGCCGAUGACCCGGACAUGGGUCGGGCCUGGCCUCCAGCUGGGGAGGAGGAGGAAACGCCGGGGCCAGUCCACACCUGGACUAUGUGAGCGGGUGACCUACCCACCCACCCUGACCCAGAGAUGGCGCUGCCCCAGAGGCUGCUCUCCGUUGCCCUGCUGGCCAUGUACUGGGGGCCCAGCACUGCAGGGGCCCAAGAGACGGUCCCUCUGCAGACCCUGAGCUGCCAUAACGACUACACCAGCCGCAUCGUCUGCAGGUGGGCAGACACCCAGGACGCCCAGCGGCUCAUCAAUGUGACCCUGUACCGCAGGCUGAAUGAGGGCCCUCCGCAGCCAGUGUCCUGCAGUCUCAGUGACGACAUGCCCUGGUUAGACGCACCUUGUCCGGGCUGUGUGCCCAGAAGAUGCGUUAUUCCCUACAAGCUUUUUGUUGUUGCCGAUAAAGACUAUUUCUCAUUCCAACCAGCCCGGACUCUGGAAACCCAGCUCACUGUGAAUCUGACCCAGCACGUGCGGCCCCCCACGCCCGAGGACUUCCGCAUCACUGCUGCCGGGGACCGUUUCCUGCUCAACUGGAGUGUUGCCCUCGCGGGUUCCCAGAGCCCCUGGCUGUCAAACCUGGAGUUUGAGGUGGUCUACAGGCGGCUUCAGGACUCCUGGGAGGACGCCCCCGCCCUCUACUCCAGGUCCUCCCAGGCUAUCCUGGGCCAGGAGCACCUCAUGCCCAGCAGCACCUACGUGGCCCGAGUUCGCACCCGGCUGGCCCGGGGUUCGGGGCUCUCGGGUCCGCCCAGCAAGUGGAGCCCCGAGGUUCGCUGGGAUUCCCAGCCGGGGGACGAGGCCCAGCCCCAGAACCUCCAGUGCUUCUUUGAUGGGGCUGCCACGCUCAGCUGCUCCUGGGAAGUGAGGGCCGAGGUGAUCAGCUCGGUCUCCUUCACCAUCUUCUACAAGCCCAGCCCCAACGCAGCGGAGAAGGAGUGCUCCCCAGUGCUGAAGGAGGCGUCCGGCAGCCCCUACAUCCGGCACCGAUGCCAGAUUCCUGUGCCCGACCCCAGGAACCACAGCCAGUACACCAUCUCUGUCCGGCCAAAGAAGGAAGAGAAAUUUAUAAAGAGCUCAGAGAACAUCCAGAUGGCACACCCAACCCUCAAUGUGACCAAGGGCAGAGAUGGCUACGUCCUGCGCUGGAAAGCGGGGGAAAUGCAGUACAAACACAUUGCUCACGCCUUCCAGGUCCAGUACAAGAAAGAGGCGGACUCAUGGGAGGAGAGCAAGAUGGAGCCCCUCCAGAACGCCCACAGCAUGCCGCUGCCUCCUCUGGAGCCCUCCACCAGGUACGAGGCGAGAGUGAGGGUGAAGCCUGGCCCCAGCGGCUACAGUGGGAUCUGGAGUGAGUGGAGUGAGGAGUGCUCCUGGGACACGGACUGGGUGCUGCCCACGUGGGCCCUGGCACUCACCCUGGUCUUCACCACCCUUGCCUUGCUCCCGGCCCUACGCUUCUGUGGCAUCCAUGGGUACAGGCUGAACCAGAAGUGGAAGGAGAAAAUCCCCAACCCCAGCAAGAGCCACUUGUUCCAGAAUGGGAAUACUGGGCUCCGGCUCCCAGACAGCAUGCUAACCCUCACCAGCAGGAGCCCCCCGCACAAGGGCCUGCUCGGCAGCCACUUCCCUGAGCUGGAAGGGGUGUCCUCUGUAGACCAUGGACGCAGCGAGGUGUCACCUCUCACCACAGAGGACCCUAAAGGUGCCCGUGAGUCACCGCCCGAGCCAGACGUGACCCUGACCACCUCGGACCCUCCCACAGAGCAGCCCCCCAGCCCCAAGCCGGGCCUGUCGGCCAGACUAGGCAAGCCUGAGAGCCAGGUUCCCGGCUUCGACUUCAAUGGCCCCUACCUGGGGCCACCACAGAGCCGCUCCCUGCCUGACAUGGCAGGCCAGCGGGCGCCCCCACAGAUGGGCAUGAGCAGGAAGCCACAGCCUUCAGGGUCCCUGGAGUACCUGUGUCUGCCCGCGGCGGGUCAGGUGCAGCUGGUGCCCCUGUCCCAGGUGAUAGGACAGGGCUGGGCCAGGGAUGUGGAAAGGAGGCCCAGCCUAGGGGCUGAAGGGAGCCCCUCCCUGGAGUCAGGGGCAGACCCCACCCCACCUGCACCUGGGCUGAUGGUGGGUGGUCAGGGCCCAAAAGACAGACACAGCCCAAAGGAUGUGGUUCCCCCAGCUCUGCCCACUGGCUCUGGGGUCCCUGAGGAUGGCAUUGUGGCCUCUGGUUAUGUCACCACGGCAGACCUGGCACUCACCCCACCCACAGGGUCCCCACCUAUCUCCCAGGAUCCCCCUCUGGUCCUCUCCUUCGAUGAGAAUCACAGCCUCAGUCCCGGGCGGGCUGGUGGGCCCACUGGAGCCCUGGCCGCCAUGAGGUCUGAGUUUGAAGGCUAUGUAGAGCUCCCUCCAACCACAGGCCAGUCCCUCAAGUCCCCUCUGGGCAGUCCUGCCCCUCCUGCAGCCAGCAGCCCCAUCUCAAGCCCUGGGGAGCCCCGGGCAGAUGCAGCCCCAGCCUCCCCAAACCCUGAGGGGCUCCUGGUCCUGCAGCAAGUGGGUGACUAUUGUUUCCUCCCUGGCCUGGGACCUGGCCCUCUCCCAGCCCAGAGUAAGCGCUCUUCCUCAGGACCCUGUCCCGACCUCGGGGACCUCGCCCAGGAGGUCCAGGCCAAGAAGGCCCUGUGCCAGCCCCUUCCACAGGUGCCGGCCAUUCAGCUCUUCAAAGCCCUAAAGCAGCCGGACUACCUGCCCCUGCCCCCUUGGGGUGUCAGCAGGCCUGAGGGGGUGUGCUGAGGCCCUCUAGACCCCACCCAGGGGAGUGCAAGGGGCGGGUCUGCCUCCUGCCCUCCAUUCUCCCACCAGCCCCUGCUCGCGUCCACCGCCAUUUCUGCGAAGCCAAGGUUGAGCCUCCAUGCCGGAACAGACGGAGACCAGGAAAAUGGGUGCACCAUCCACCUUCUCCCUUAAACUUCAGCAAAUCACCGCUUCCCUCCUUCUUCUCUCUUCUCCCCAUCUCAGAUACACACACAUUUUUCCUCUCAACUUAACUUAAUAUUACCUUCUGAAUCAUUAGAGCUCCAUGUAUAGCCAUCCAUUUACCCUCAUUUCCUUUUUUGCCAGGUUUUUUGCUGUUACCUUCCUUCCUUUUUCCCUUAUUUAUUAGUAGAGUGAGUCUGAGGUCUAAGUCAGUUCUGAGAUGCCACGUCUCCAUCAGAACCUAAACUGAUGCACUGUGUUGGAUGACUUGUGUCUGUCACUCGUCCCCGGCAGCCGUGAGUGCAUGUGACGAGAUUCCAGCCCAGGUGCAGGAGGCAGGAGGCACCGGGUGGGGCCUUGAGGUUGAAGGCUUGGAAAAGCAGCCCAGGACUGGGCACGCCUGUGUCGGACACUGCAGCCCAAGCAUGGUGGCAAAGUACCCGUCUCAAAUGUCACGCCGAGAAUGGGCAUGGUGAGGGGGGGGUGCCAGGAAAGAAGUGCUCAUGAGCUCAUGGGACACGCUGCUGGCCUCACCCAGGCCACUGGGGAGCCUCAGGGGCCCGAAGACCCUGCCUCAGGUAGAGGCCCUGAGCUGAGCAGUGGGCAGCGCUGACUCCUGGGUGAAGUGACCUUCCUCCACCCAGGCUGGUGAGGCCUGGGGAAAUUCAGGAGGGUAGGGGAGUCCAGAACCCGUGUCUCCUGUACACAAGGUGGGCGGAACUGCUCAACAAAGACAAGGAAACGAUCAAAGGGCAUGUCCUCUUUAGGGCUUACAGUCCAAAUCACCCAGCAGCCACUGUUCCAGAAAGACCUUACCACUCCCACCCCACCAGCCAUGUACGAGGGGCUUUCGAUCUUAUCUGGGCCUACCCUGGGGAAUAUGGUUCUUUUAAAUCUGUGCCUCUCUCCUAUGCAAAAAUAGCAUUAAAUUGUUUUAAUUCGCAUUAUUUGGUAACUGUCCAGUUUGCGCACAUUUUCCUGUCCCUUGGGUGCUGGUAUUUGCUCACUGGGCUGACCCUGCUGAAGGCUUCGUGCUGAUGUUCAUCUUUUUCUGAUUAAGUUUUAAAAACUAUGGUGCCCUUUUGUGGCUGGUGCAAUUUUUUUUCCUAGUUUGCGGUUUGUCUUUUAAUUUUGUACAUGAGGCUCAUGGGUGUGCACAAUGUAGACUUUUCUAUUGUCAAAUAAGUCUACAGGGGAUUGCCUUCAACGGCUCCACUUUUGGUGUCAAAUUUACAGAGGCCUUCCCCACGUCCAAACUGCAUUUGCCCUCAUUUAUAUUUUUCUAGUUCUUUUUGUGUUUCAAGCUUUUCAUGUGAGAGUGUAAUGAUUGUGGAUAUGUUUUCUGUAAACAGGUAGCUCAAAUGUUCUUACAUCAUUUGCUAAACCACAUGAAAUAUCAAAUGCUACAUUUAUGAUACAGAAAGUUCCCAUAUGCCCUCAGAUCAUUUCUAGGCUUUCAACUGUAUUAUGUUAUUCUUCCAAUGGUGCCCCACUAUUUUGAUGUUCAGGAUUCACAAUAUUUUAAUAAGUGUCAGAGCAAAUGUUCUUGUUAUUUUUUGUUCCCAAAUCCCUGUUCAUUACAACAAUGUUUGUGAUGGAAGAAAACUCUCAACAGCUUAAAUAUUCACCCACUGUGAAAUUAAUAACAGCAUCUUAAUGCAUUCUAAAAUAGAAUCCUAUGUUAAAAAUGAAUGAGAUGGACCUACAUGUAUUAGAAAGAAACCCAACAUAUUACUUUCAACAUGUUCAGACAUGGAUACUUGAAAAAAAUGGCAAUAAAAUAUUUUUAUUGUAAAACAA